AAAAAAAAAAAACAUCACAACACGUAAUCCAUAAUACACAUAAUCACAUCACUCUCUGAAGCUCUAACAAUGGCGGAACAAAUAACACACAUUUGUAAACGCACCGUAGUAAGCACAAAGCCGGUUGAAGCAGGAAAGUUCGUCCCCUUGUCGGUUUUAGACCGCCUUAUGGAGCGAAACCAUCUAAGAAUUGUGUACUAUUUCCAAACUCCGAAAGGAAUGGAGCUAGGAGAAACAACCAAGAAGUUGAGAGAAUCGAUGUCGGAAAUGCUUACGACUUUUCCAGUACUGACCGGAAGGCUGGUGAAAGGGCAAGAUGGGCAUUGGAUGAUAAAAUGUAAUGAUGCCGGAGUGAGAGGUGUGGAAGCUACAGCUAAAGGGAGUGUAGAGGAAUGGUUGGAGAAUGUAGAUAAAGAAAAGGAGCUUACGCUUAUUCACUGGGAAGAAAUGUUCCAAAAUCCGUAUUUUUGGUCCACUUUCUAUGUUCAGCUGACGGAAUUUGAAGAAGGUGGUUUGGCAAUUGGGUUGAGCUGCUUUCACCUACUAGCUGAUCUAACUUGUGCUGCUAUGUUCAUCAAGGCCUGGGCCGAUAUAACCUUAACCGGAAAAAUGAUCAGUCCGCCGCUAUUCCACCCCUUGCCGCCUCGAAGACCCGGCAACACAGAUCCUUACCACCUGCCUUACACCCACUUAAUCAACUACUAUAAAUCAACUCUUGAAAAAACAUAUUUGGUCACGGACACAGCUCAUGGAUACGCAACCAUUGCACUUUUAUUUAAAGACCCCAUGGUUCGAGCCUGUAUAGCCGCGGCUCGAGCCACGAGUGCGCGUAACGGUCCAAACCCAUCACCAUUUCAGGCUCUAUCAGGCCUUUUUUGGGGCUGUAUAAGCAAAGCCAAAGGAAAAAAAUAUGGGCUAGUAGACAUGUGUGUAUGUUUAGAUAUGAGAAAAAUGUUGGGUCUAGAUUAUGGGUAUUUUGGUAAUUGCACGGUUUAUAAUAAGAUUCAACCGAAGUCUUCAAAUCCUACGGUGGAUAUUGUAGAGGAAAUGGCAAAAAUGGAUAUUGAAGGAAUGUUGGAUUUGAUCGAGUGGCUACAAUCAAAUGACUGGCAAUCAACAUCUUGGAUGAACGGUGGUGAUCUCAUAUGUGGGAAUUUAGAAGGUGUCAAUCCAUAUUUUUCUAUGUUUGAAGAAGGUUUUGCACCAAUUCGUGUUUCUCAUUAUGUGGAACCAGUCGGUGGAGCAGGCUAUGUUUUGGUGGUUCCGGCGCCGCCGGGAGAGGGUGAAAUGGCGAGGGUGGUGAUGGUUACAUUGCCGGAGGAUGAGAUGGUGAGGCUUUGCAAAGAUGAUCUUCUUUUAGGUUUCUCUCCAAUUACAUUGAUGGGAUUGAAGAAAUGAAUUAAUAAUAAAAAAAUUGAGGCGAAAAUAACUAAAAAUGUGCGUCUGCCGGGAGUCGAACCCGGGUCUAUUGCUUGGAAGGCAAUUAUCCUAACCGUUGGACUACAAACGCUCAAUUGUGUUUCGGAUGUCAAAGUCGUUUACAUAAAAGGAAGUUUAUAAUUGUGAUGUAUUUGCUGGUUUUACCUCAUGAACGUCUAGUAAUUUGUGCCUUUAAAGUUUGCCUACAGGAUCAAGUGAGCCCCUAACAUUCGGAAAGAUUCAAAUAUGCCCCUAACGUCUUAAAAAGUGAACAAUCAGACCCUGAUUUUGACUUAUAAGUGAGACUUUAGGGGGCGUGGUUGUCAAAAUCGGAGGGCCUUAUUGUUCAAUUUUUAAGACGUUAGGGGCAUAUUUGAACCUUUCCGAACGUUGAAGGUUUACUUGAUCCUCGAGUCAAACGUUAAGGAUAUAAAUGAUCAUUUUUCCAUGAAUAAAUAAUAGUAAUAGGUAUGGGAAAAGAAAAAAUAAAAUAAAAUAUAACAAAUAAUAUUAUUCAUUAUCUAAUUUUAGUAAUAAUUAAAUUAUCAUUA